AUGGAAGGUCCAAUUCAGUUAAAAAGAAGACGCAGUUGGUUCUCUAAGGGUAACCAUGAUAGUGGAAUAGAAAUAUUAUCCUGUAAUAAUGAAGAUAUGCAGAUUACAGAUCUAGAAGAUAUCAAUCCAAUCGAUCAGAGCAGCCCUAUACCAGACACAGGCAUUGAUACAAGUUGGAUCGAUACAAAAAAUGUUCAUAAUGAUAUAGAAGAAUUGAAGAAUUAUACUAAUCAGGCAUCUUUGAAUAAAGUAAAGAGAAAACUGAGUAUUUUAGGAUUAUUGAAACCAGGGAGCGCCCAUGACGAGCAGGAGGAGGGUAGUUCUGAAGAACAAAUCAACAUGGAUAAUGAGAUCCCACAGUUAAAGUUUGUUGCAAGAUGCAAAUCGCAAGGUUCUUUGGGCAAAUCAGUCACUCCACUCAAGAUUCGUGACAAUAUUAACCAUUUCUUGAAACUAUGUCCUGCUCAAGAAAACCAAGAAGUUUCCGACCAGGAUAACUGUGGAGUAUUUGAAAAGGUUAAGUCCAUUUCUCAGGCCCUGAAUAACAAUAAGUAUAUUAAUUUGAAUGGAGUUCCUUGUUCACGAUUAGGGCUAAUAGACCACAACCAAUGUGCUGCGUUUAUGUUUCAACUAAAUAAUAUAAGGAAGAACGUUGUCGACUAUGCGUUCUAUUUUGAUUGGGUUGUAUGGUUGGAAAGGAUAAACGGGGGUAACAAUAAAGAGAUGUAUAUGGAUAGGAUCAUUGAGACUAAAUCUGAUUGGAAAGUUUCUCUAAAAGUGUGCAAGAGGAUUAUGCAAGAGGCCCCUCGUAAAAUCCAUAUUUCCAAAGUUGGAACCACCCCACGAAGACAAUCGGAAAACUUAAUAGACAGCGGAACAGUUGAAUUUUGUGUUCCAUUUGAAUAUGAAUACCCCAUGUUUAAAGAAUUAUCCAUUACUAUCAUGGAUAAUUCGUUGUACAACCCCCAGGAUAUCCAGUGUAUGUAUUUUAUUUCGAACUCUCUAAAAAUGGUGAACUAA